AUGACGGGCCGAGACGCGCUCUGCGAAGGGCGCGCGAGGGGCACGGCGCUGGCGCCCGGUGCCGCCCCCACCGGCCCGCGCCCCCGCGGCUUCGCCAUCACCGACCUGCUGGGCCUGGAGGCUGAGCUGCCGUCUCCGGCCGGACUCGGCCCGGGGUCUGGCUGCGAGGCCCCAGCGGCCGCGCCCCGUCCCAAUCCCGGGCUCGGCAGCCCCCGCCUCGCGCUCGGGACCCUUCCGCUGGGUCUCGGCCUCCUCUGCGGCUUCGGUGCACAGCCCCCCGCGGCCGCCAGGGCGCCCUGCCUGCUCCUCGCCGACGUGCCCCUUCUGCCUCGCCGGGAGCCCGAGCCUGCGCCCCCACCAGCCCUCCGCCGCCCGCCGUCCCCGCUUGGCCGCCAGCAGCGCAGCGAAAGCGUCUCCACGUCGGAUGAGGAAAGCCUACCUGGAAACAGGAGUGACCUGAAGGUGUCCCCAAACCCUGGCAAGAGGAAGAAGAGGCGGCACAGGACUGUCUUCACCACCCAGCAGCUGGAAGAGCUGGAAAAGGCGUUCAGCGAGGCACACUACCCUGACAUGUAUGCCCGGGAAAUGCUGGCCAUGAAGACUGAGCUCCCUGAAGACCGAAUACAGGUCUGGUUUCAAAAUCGGAGGGCAAAGUGGCGGAAGCAGGAGAAGCGCUGGGGCGGCAGCAGCGUGAUGGCUGAGUAUGGGCUCUACGGGGCCAUGGUGCGACACUGCAUCCCUUUGCCGGACUCUGUCCUCAACUCCGCCGAGGACAGCCUGGCCGGUUUCUGUGCGCCCUGGCUCCUAGGGAUGCAUAAAAAAUCCACAGGGGCAAGGAAACCAGGAAAUGAAGAAAAGCUGGCUGGAUUCUGGGGCCCUGACCACCUCAAGGAAGGUUCUAGUCCAAGUCAGGCAAGAUCCCGGAGUGUCGCCAAUGCAGCCAGCCCUGAGAGUAACUUGGAAGAUGUUGCCAUUGAUCUCUCCAGCUCCACAUGGCAGGAAACCAAGACGGUGCACCAGGGGGCCAGUGCUCAAGAUUCGGAGGGGCUCCAGCCUAGGAAGGUGGGAGCCUUCUGA